AUGGCCCUCGGACCCGAAACCAACGCAAAGACCAAGACCACAUGGCACAUUGGCGCAUGGGGUAACCCCUACGAGGGAGGUGGCCGGCCCGGCAAGGGCAUCGUUACCUAUGCGCUGAGCCCCAACCGACAACGCCCCAUGGCCCAGUUCCUCAGCAAGGGCUUCUGGAACGUCGUUCGCCGAUCAAAGAACCAGGUCCUCUACUUCAUUCCACCGCUAGCCAUUGCCUACGGAACCAUGCAAUGGGCGAUUGAGAGGAACGAGUUCCUCAACUCCAAGACGGGCCGUGCUCUGUACGGUGACGAGGAGUAA